AUGUCGGUGCUCUCAACGUCUGUUUGCAGCCGUGUUUGCCGGACAGUGAGCAAAAAUAACCUCAUCUCGAAACGACUACUGUCCCGUAGUAACUCGUUCAUCCAUAACUCGGGACAGGUUACUAGAUCGCAGCGUUUGAGAGUACAAGAGCGUUUGGGGGCAUGCAAUUCGUCCGCUUCCGACGAAGAUCUUAUAACUACACUGAAAGCACGGGGUCUUUUUGAUAGUUGCACUGAUGAAACCAGUUUAGCAGAGGCCCUUCAAAAGCCCCUAAAAGUGUACUGUGGCUUUGAUCCAACCGCGGACUCUCUCCAUCUGGGUAAUUUACUUGGCAUCGUGGUUCUAUCAUGGUUUCAGAGGAAGGGGCACCGUCCCAUUAUCUUAGUAGGGGGUGCAACCGGAAGAGUUGGUGACCCGUCUGGGAAAUCGCAGGAGAGACCACUACUUGAUGAGGCUACUUUGAGCACGAACGUCGCAGCGAUAAGCAACUCGGUCUUGAGGAUAUUAACACGGGCCGCCAGUAAUCCAGCGGUAGUGGUCUUGGAUAACUAUGACUGGUUUAGGAAUAUUACUUUGCUUGACUUCUUGCGGGAUGUGGGCAAGUAUGCGCGUCUAGGUAACAUGCUUUCGAAAGACAGUGUCAAGUCCCGUCUCGAUGGCGGUGUGGGCCUAAGCUUCACAGAAUUUUCUUAUCAGCUGCUGCAAGGGUAUGACUUCAUGCAUCUCUUUAGGAAUGAAUGUGUGAGCGUGCAAAUUGGAGGGAGUGACCAGUGGGGCAAUAUAACUGCUGGCACUGAGCUUGUUCGCAGGGUUCUUCGAGAGGAAGGUGCAUACGGUUUGACAUUUCCACUUCUCCUGAAAUCAGAUGGAACAAAAUUUGGUAAAUCUGCAUCUGGUGCGAUAUGGCUGUCAAAAGAGAAGCUUUCACCAUACCACUUCUACCAGUAUUUGCUGAAUACGGCUGAUGGUGACGUUAUCCGGCUUCUUCGCAUGCUCACCUUUCUAUCACUCGACGAGAUAGCGAGUAUUGAAGGCUCCAUGGCUGAAGCGGGCUAUAUACCGAACACUGCGCAGCAGAUAUUGGCGGCAGAAGUGACGCGAUUCGUUCACGGGCAGGAUGGACUCGACGAGGCUAUACGAGCAACAGAGAGUUUACGGCCAGGCACAGAAACAGUUCUUGAUGCCGCAGCUCUCGAGUUGGCUUCUGAUACGAUUCCGUCCGUCGCCAUAAGCAGGGUUGCUGUCGUUGAUAAUCUCGUGACAGAUGUUGUAGUGGUCUCGGGACUCUUAGAAAGUAAAGGCGCUGCGAAAAGAAUGCUUCGCAACGGAGGUAUACGCGUUAACAACAACAAAGUCACAGAUGAAACACGAACCAUAGUAGAAGGAGACAUCAUCGGUGACAAUAUGCUCCUACUCGCAGCUGGGAAGAAGAAUAAGCUUCUGAUAAGACUAGAUGAACGUGAAUGA